CUUCUCUCGAAGAUGUCAGUCCAACAAACUAAGUGGCUUGUGAUGCCGAUGCCCAGUAGAAGAUCCUGGGAUUGAGACGUGAAUCCCUUUACACUGAUGGCCUGGACUGAGUUUCAGCUGGCCUGCUGAAGCUAUGGGGAGCUGUUGGAGCUGUCUGUACAGAGACCCCAUCCGAGACAACCAUCUCACCAAAUUUAAGGUUACCAAUGUGGACGAUGAGGGCAACGAGCUGGGCUCUGGCAUCAUGGAGCUCACGCAGACUGAGCUCAUUCUUCACACACGCAAGAGAGACGCCAUCCGGUGGCCUUAUCUCUGCCUGCGGCGCUACGGCUACGACUCCAACCUGUUCUCUUUUGAGAGUGGUCGCCGCUGUCAGACUGGCCAGGGAAUCUUUGCAUUCAAGUGUUCCCGGGCAGAGGAGAUCUUCAAUUUGCUUCAGGAGCUGAUGCAAUGUAACAGCAUCAAUGUGGUGGAAGAGUCGAUGAUGAUGAGUCGCAGUGGUCACACACCGGAGAUGGACAUGUCUCGCACACCACAGACUCCCACCACUCCAGCGUUCCCUGUCCAGGCUUUUCCCAAUGGAUACCCUGGUUAUCCAAUCAGAGGCGAUUCCUCCCAACCCUCUCUCACUGACGAUCAUGGACAUAGCCUCAUGGGUUUGGAAGACCAGACCCACACCUAUGUAAAUACUGUUAGCAUGGAGGGGGAUCUCUCUAUGCGUCACUGUGUGCACUCCCUACCUGAGGUGCGGCCCAGCACUUUCCCUGAAACAACGCGGGGAGCCAUGCCUGUCGGGGUCCAAGGAAACGCGCAGUCCAACCUGCGGUGCUGUCCCCUCGAGGAGCAUAAAGAUCCUCAGGUGUUCUUACAGCCGUCCUCGCAGGAGGUCAAAUUCAUGCUGGGCCCCACUCCAGCACAACGCCAUAUGUUAGAGAGAGAGAGGGAGAGAGAGAGGGAGAGGCAUGGGAUCAAUCCUCACAACCUUCAGCCAGUAGAGGGUGCAACAGGCUCAGAGACGGAAGGAGACGAGCCCUCUAUGCACCUGUGCAACUCUCACUCCUAUCACCAUUUCCAUCACCACGCGCACCGCCACCCGGGUCAUGAGCACUCAGUCGGCUGCCAGAGCAGUGAGCUCACCUACGAGAACAUCAACGGCCUGAGGAGCGGCCGGAAGCAGCGUCUGAGUCCCAGCAGCGUGUCACAGUCUGUGGGUUCGAGCAGCAGCAGCAGCACUGGGGACAGUCACUCCCACUCCCUCCUGCAUCCACACGCUCACGGCCCAUCGUCUCUGCCCCCGCAGGGCUACGCCUGUGAGAGGGGCAUGGGCGGAGGUCACCGUCGGACAGCUCUGCUGAACUACGAGAACCUGCCCUCUCUGCCCCCAGUGUGGGAGUACAGUGCUCUGCAGCGGGAUGACGAGCAGGAAGAGGAAGAUGAUGAGCAGGAUGAGGAGGAAUAUGAAGAAGAAGAGGAAGACUUUGACGAGUAUGAGUUCUCAGAAGGCCCUGGGACACCCAACGGGUACCACCAGGAUGGUCGGGGCAUCCACAGAGAUGCCCUGCAGAACUAUGUCAACACAGAGCAGGUUCAGCCACCCCGGCUCCGACAUGCCUGCCCCCCGCAUCCACGGCCAUGUCAGCCAGAGAGAGGGGGGCGAAUAUUUAGCUUUGAUUUCCGCAGACGAUCGAGGUCAGGGGUCGGAGGCUGUGAGCACGGCCACAUGCCUCCAUCGCGGCAGCUGAAUUACAUCCAGGUGGACCUAGAGGGAGAACCUCCCUGCCAAGCCCUCAGCAGCGGGGGUGCCCAGACCCAGCCACAGCACCAGCGCCCACCACCCAAAAAAUGUGGCCCACAGGCACCCCGCCGCAGUGAAUGCUACGCAGUCAUUGACCUAAAGAAGACAGCUGCCAUGUCCAACCUGCAGAAAGCUCUGCCCAGGGAUGAUGGGACUUCGAGAAAGACUCGCCACAACAGCACAGACCUGCCUCUGUAAACGGUGUUCAAACUGAAGAGGAGCGAUGAAGACAGAUGAAGGCUUAUCCUCAUCUUAGCACACUGGACCCUUCACUGUCAUCCAUCCAUUCAACUGUCGGGCUGACUAACACAAUACAGGUACCUAAUUAGAAACUUACUGAAAACUAUCUGUGCAUAUAAGAGGAAAUAAGAAAUCUCUGAGGAGAAUUUGCCAUUUUAUUCUGUUAUUUAUUAGAUACGUGUGGUGUGAAGCUCUCUCGAGAAAUCGGCAGUUUUUACUGCAAAUACUGUUCGCUGGAUAUAUGGAUAUUUAUAUAUAAGCAUAAAAUCAUACAUAUAUGAUUUAAUGCUUAGCCGUGACUUAGAGCAGUGACCUCUGUUUUCAGUGGAAGCAUCCAUUGCCAUACUGUGUUAGCAAAUUUUAAUUCUUAAACCCGUCUCCAUUCACAACUAUUAUUGUUCCUAUCAUUUGGUU